UCCCUUAUCUUUUCAAAAGUCAGUCUCCCUCAAUUAUCAUUAGGUUUCCAGGAAGAAAAAAAAAACAAGUAAUUUCCAUUGUUCCUCUUUUGCAAAGAAUAUUUCCUUUUUACAAAGCAAUAAUAACUAAUAUUAUUUUGAAAAAAAACUUGUUAAAAACCCUCUUACAUCAUCCAAGGCUUAGACAUGCAUUCACACACGCGCUCACAUAUAUAGCUUCUCGUGGUGACGGUCUCACUUUAGGGUUUUUUCUUGUUGGUCUCUUUAAUUUGUUGGGUCUUUUUGUUUCCUCUUCUGUUUUUUAAAUAUAUAUACACUAAAAAGAGUAGUGAUUAUAUAAGAAAUGGAGUCUGGAAAGAUAUUUGGAUCUGAUGAGGAUUCUCGCAGCUGUGAAUCUGGAUGGACAAUGUAUCUGGCCUCACUCUCUGAUGAUCAUGACCAAGACUGUUACUAUGAUGAUGAUGGUGACGAAGAUAGUGAUGGUGGUGAUUCAAUGGACUCUGAUGCAUCUUCUGGUCCCAUGGAAGCCACAGCAAAUCUGAAACUUACUCAAGAGAUCGCCGAGCAAAACUCUACAAAGAAAAAGAAUAAGAAGACUAUUGAAGAUACGGUUCUGGUGGACACUAGGGUUCACAACAACAAUCAUGAUGAUGAUGAUGAUGGUCGUGAUAAUCAUGAACUUGAUCAUGAUGAUGGUAAUGAUAGCUAUAGUGCAGUUCAUAGUUACAUUGGUUCGGUUAGACAAGAAGGGCUAAUUUGAUUUUAUGAUUUCAUGUUUAUGUUUACUUAAUUUAUGUUCCAGUGUUUUCUAUUUAUAUGAUCGAA